AUGCCGCGAAUUACAGCUCAAGUAAAAUCAACUAUCUCCAAUCCAGUUGAGAGUAAGACAGACUUGGUCAAUUUGCUUUCAGACUUAUUGAAACCUUUGGAUGAUGCUAGAUCGGAUGGAGGAGCAAGGAUCACUCUCGGUCAUACGGGGACACACUUUGACCCUGUUGCUGCUGAGAUGGAAGGAUAUGCAAGAGCUUUAUGGGGUUUAGCUCCUCUGAUGUCUAGUGAUCCUGAUAAUAAACUUCUCAAGGACUUGGGCAAGAAAUGGAGAGAAGGUCUGGAUGCUGGAACGGAUCCAAGUAGGGAAGAUGAAUAUUGGGGAGAUCACACACAGAAAGAUCAGAGAUUCGUCGAAAUGGCUGCCAUAGGCAUAUCUUUAGCCAUUGCACCUUCUACUUUCUGGGAUCCACUGUCUGCAGAAGCCAAGCAGAGAGUGACCCAAUGGCUCUUAAAGUGCAAUGGAAUGGAGUUUCCUCAAAAUAAUUGGCGAUUUUUCCGUGUCCUCGUAAAUCUGGGUCUCAAGUCUGUAGAUGCGGAAUACAGUCAACAAGCUAUUGAAGAUGAGCUGGAAUAUAUGGAGUCGUAUGUUGGUGAACACGGAUUUCCCUCUGACGGUCCGCAGAAUAACAACAACGGCGCAUACGAUUAUUAUGCCACGUCUUUCGCUAUUCCAUUCUACUCUUUACUAUAUGCAGCUAUUACCUCCCGAUCACCUAAACUUGCCGACCCCGAAAGAGCAGAGAAAUAUCGUCAGAGAGCGAGAGAUAACGUUCCUUAUGUGAUACAUCUCCUUGCUCCAGAUGGUGCCGGUAUACCUUUUGGUAGAAGUAUGACCUACCGCUUUGCAGUAAGCUCAUUCUGGGCUGCAGUGGCUUUUGAUAAUCUCGAGCUGCCUAAACCAUACACCUGGGGCGUAGUAAAGGGUCUUCUGCUGAGAAAUAUAAGGUGGUUCACUCAAAACCCUGAGGUGUUCAACCGAGACGGAUCCUUGACUAUAGGUUGGGCGUAUCCUUCCUUAUUCAUGAGCGAAGAUUAUAACUCCCCUCAAUCACCAUAUUGGGCUUUGAAAUCGUUCUUUGUUCUAGCUCUGAAGGAGUCGCAUCCUUUUUGGAUCUCUGAAGAAGAGCCGUAUCCUAAGGAGUUACUGCCGGAUCCGUGGAUUGUGGUGAAACCUUGGAUGCAAGUAUUCAGUCAUGCCGCGGGGCAUACAUUCGUUCUCAACGGUGGACAGAACAAGAAUGUUGGUUUCCCGAUGAGACAUACAGCAGAGAAAUAUAACAAAUUUGCAUAUUCCUCUGCAUUCGGUUUUUCUGUACCCUCAGGCGCAUUAGGAUUUCCUCAACAUGCACCUGAUUCCGUACUGGCUUUGUCUGACGAUGAAGGAUUGAAAUGGAGAGUACCUUUCAAGGUGGAAAACCUCGGAAUAAGUGAUGAAGGGAUAGUAAAAGCUAGAUGGUUUCCUUGGCCUGAAGUAGAGGUGAUCACUUGGUUAAUACCCCCUUCUACUGUCUCUAAGCCAUUUCAUACCAGAGUACAUAAACUGUCCAUCUCCUCUUCUUUCAACCGUGACCUUCGUUUAGCCGAUUCCGGAUUUGCCAUUCACUCGGUCGAUGGACCUCUAGGCUCUGAAAGGCGUAUUCUCUCUCGUGAGACUGCAGCGGAAGGGGUAGCAGGACGCUCGACAACUCUCAAUUCAGCUGUGGCAGUCUCUAGAAGAGGAGUUUCAGCGGUCAUCGAUGUCCUCCCAUCCGAAGGCGGCAAAGCAAGUGUAGAAGACGUAGAUGGAAAUACGAACUUGAUCAGUCCUAGGACUGUCUUACCUACUAUUUUCCAUCAGCUGAAAUCGGGAGAAAAGGAGAAAUGGAUUGCAACUAGGAUAUGGGCCUUGCCAUUUUCUAAAGAAGAAGGAUUAAGUACGAAAGGUUGGAUAGAAGGUUGGGAGACAAGUCAAAAGGGGUAUAGCGGAGCUGAGGAGCUGAAGAAAGGUUUGGGAAUUGCUUGA